AUGUUUGAUCAGACAUCAACGUCAACAACACCAUCACCUCAUAUCAAUAGACGACAACAUUCAAACAUCAACAUCUUUACAAAUGAUACAUUGUUGCCAACAUCAGCCAAUGUCAAUGUUGAUCUCGACGUCAAUGUCGAUGUCAAAGUUCACGUUGAACCUAUAACACUCAAAUCAUUGGAUAACCGCGCUCUAGACUUUGGCAAACUGGCCAAGGAUUACAAGAUUGAUUCGACAUUUUACAGCGCAUCGGCACAGGCAGCGGCCUGUGUUGAGUUGGACGACAUUGUUACAAAGACCAAUGAGUUGAUCGCGGCGACAAUCGCAUCAGACAGAUCAUUCGCCAAGCAAUACAUGCAGUCCAUGCGUAUCCAAGACUACUCCUCGUCAGUGCUGACCAACACUCAUCUCUUGUGGAACCUUCGCAACAUCAGUGCCUUUGUUCUGAACUCUCCCCUACUGGACACUCCGCAUUAUCAAGAUGACAUCAAUCAUUUCCGUCAAGAUCUCAAUCUAAUCUUUAACUUUUAUCGUACAUUAGUCAAUGAUCUAUUAUUCCAACUAUGCUUCGUGGCUCAGUCUACAACUCAUUCACAUUGGAGAGUCAAUCAAUCACUCUCUCACAACUCAUUACCAUUAUUCCAAUAUAGCAAGAUAACGAUAUCAAGCACAAUCAAAGUCAUAACAGAGUUGAAACGUCAGUUUGAGCAUUUGGAGAAUAUCAUUCUGUUGGCAUCACCAACAUCAGUGUCAUCAAUGUCAUCAGGAUCAUCAGCAACAUCCACGCCAGACCAACAACACCAACAACAGAACCAACGACAAUCAUUGCUAUCAACAUUCCAAUCAAUGUUGGAGAACAAUACUAUAUUCCUUAAUCACUAUUCAGACUUGGAUAAAUAUAUCAAGUCAUCAAUCUUACAAAGAUUCACUUAUAAUGCAUUAUCAAGUUAUACCAAGAAGGUUAGAGGUACAAUUAUCAAUGACAAAUUAUUCCAAAUGGUCAUUGGACUUGAGCGCAAGGAGUACCUAUUCAUAUGGAUGAUAUCAUGUUCCAACAACAGCAAGCAGUAUUAUCUCAAUACUUGUAACCCUGCUGCAUUCAACAUGUCAUUCAUAUCCAAGGCACCAAUACUUCCAACACUAAUGACUAUACUUAAUGAGAUACUAAAGAAGAUAGAGUUGUACAAGAAGGUGGAGACAAAGAAGAGCAUCAAGGCGUAUAAUGCCAUUGUUGAUAUUAAUGUUCCAUCUGUGUUUGAGUUCAUGGAGAAGAAGUUGACAAAGGUUAAAGCCAUGUAUGAUUCACUCAAUGACAAGACACUACAGGCAAUUACCAUGUGCACUACUACUCCUACUCCUACACUCACAGCCAAGGACACAUCCAUCAAACCUGACAACCUCAUCAAACAUAUAAUCAAACUGACAACACUUUGGAACAAGACAAUGCAAUCAUUCUCUUCCAUCUUUUCACCUUCCUGUCCAAAGAUAUUGACAAGGAAGCCAAUUGCGAACAAUUGGCACGCAAGCGCAUACUUGAUGACCAUGUAUUGUGGAAUCACUUCGAUAUUGCCUGGUCAGCCUAGACUGUUUGAACGCAUGACGGGCACUCUGCCCUUCUUCUUCGAGUCGAUUAUGUUUAUCAACUAUGAGUUCUGCUUCUCAAAGUUGGCCAGACAACAUCGUAUCUAUGAUCAAUUCGCACAGAGUGUACGUGAUAUGAACGAACAAGAGAGACGACACAUCCUAGAGCGACUCUGGGACGACUGUUUCAUAAUGGGUGGAGUCCUAUUCUGUUCAUCCGAGCGUAUUCUUCGUAUGGACAUUGGUCAUCUAAACUAUUUAUUUUCAAUCAAAAUUGGAGACGAUAAGUACUUCCUGGUUGGCGAUCCAGAGAUCAAGAACUUUAAGCUAUUCACACUUGAUGCAUUCAUCAACGUCAUACUCCAACGAGUGUUCUACUUUGCUGGUCCCAAGGCUGAAUGA